AUGAUGGCCCACGUGCCGGCGCAGGCGCUUGGGAGCGGCGAUGCGGCCAUGGCCGGUGCGGCCUGCGUGGCCCUGUUGGUGGCGCACUGGCAUGCGACGAAGGCGGAUUUGAAAUCCGUGCUGUCGCAGCUCCUCCACUUCGCGCAAGACUGGGUUGGCGGAAAGGGCUCGGGGCUCAGCCCCAUGGCGGCGCGCGUCGAGGAGGAGCUGAUGCGUGUGCGCUUGAAGAUGUUGAUGCUCUUCUUCCGGCUCAUCGUCCAUUUGAUGCUUGUUACACUCCUAUUUGAUACCUUUGAGUUGAUCCGGGCACCCCGGCUGUGCGUGGCGAUCCGCUGGGCCAUCAGCGCAUUUAUAUAUGUCAUGAUCGGGCUUCUCAGCACAAAUCGCUGGCCUCUCACACCUGCGCUCCUGGUCUCUCUGCGGAUCGUGCUCUGGAUGUUGGUGUUGGUUCUCGUCGGGGUGAGCGGCGCAGACCAGAAUGGCGUCUUGGCAAGGCACGGCUUGUCUCAGGCAAGUCAGCUUCUGCAGACAUUCCUCUUUCCUGUCGGCACAAUGACCGUAUUGCAGACCGCAUCCUACUUUCUUGUUGACACCCUGGUCAAGGGGCAGGUCUUCGACGAGCCAAAUUCGCGGCUGGUAAUGUCUGCCUGUGUCCAGGCUUUAGUAUACAUGGCCAUCCCACUCUUUUUCGAGUUCGCUGUUCGGGAGUGGAUCGCCGCAUCGUUUCAGUCGCAAGACUCAGACUCCUUGAUUGGGGGCUUUCGGCAGAUGCUAAAGGGCAUCUGCGACGGAGAGCUGCUUCUGGACGGCAACUUUCAGAUCUGCGGCAAAGCGCCGUGCCUGCUACGGCUCCUGUCAAGCAAAGAGGAGUUCGCCGGGUGCAGCUUUCGGGAACUUAUUGUCGAUGACAAGGCGAAGAAAAUGUUCGAUGACUUCCUCGCGCCGGCCACGGCAACGAGCGAUGGGGACGAAAGCGAGCGGCAGCGCUUGCAAUCCAGUGCUGCCCCGCGCUGCCUGCGCGUGCCUCUCCGGUCCCCUUCGGGUCAGGCGAUUUCGGUGGACGUCUUCCAUGUCCCGCUGCCUCCCCGUCUCUAUGGCGAGAGCACCGCCUACCACUUGCUUGCCCUGAAGCAGGAUGUUGAUUCCAUGCCGGUCCCAGAAGCGGACCCGACGCAGCAUGUGCUUCCCAGCAGCCUGCUGGAAUCCAGGAGAGCCCCAUCGGCGCGCUCUGCUGCCAGCAACGAGUCUUACGAAGAAUGCUACGACGAGCUAGCGGAGAUGACCUUGCUGGUGAACGCGAGCACGACACUGAUGGACAUCGAGGAGGCCCACCUGCGAUUCGUGCGCAAGACCAGCAAGUCCAAGGUGCGGAUGGGAAUGCCCACCCUGAAGCGCUUUGCGCGGCCGCUGGACUGGGCCAACCUCGAUGCCGUGCUGCGCCGCUACGCGCGGAAGGUGCGCAAGGCCUACGCCGAGAACCCGGCGGGCCAGCAGGUGGAAGAGGAGCAGGCGUUGCCGUCGAUGACGCUGCGUGUGCCCGGCGAGUCCAGGAAGCACCUCCGCUCCAGGCGGGUGACCAUCAGCUCUCCUUUCCCCCGCCAACACGCCGCUGCUGAUGUCUUCCUUUAUGUCAACCUGCUUGGCUUCGAAGGACCCCCGGCAAGGCAGACGCCGAGCCUGUCAUCGCUUGACGAAGACGUGUCCAUGUGCGACCCUGCAGGUCCUCUGGGGUUAGGUCAGGAUUUUGAGCUGCCGCCCGGUUGUCUGGGCGACGGGUUGCCGAGGCCUUCGAACUGGCUACCGGAGCUUCGGAGGCGCCGGCGAAGGCUUCGAAGCGACGACGCAAGGCGAGCAAAGUGA